UUGAUCCGAUUCAUUUGAGAUGCCCGACGGAAAACCCAUUAUAUAAAAACAAAAUCACAUUUCAGGAACACACGAGAACCCGAUCCGGUUUAGUAUUCGCCACCGUCUCCGCCUCUUUCUCCGCCUUCAAUCGUGUCUCCGCCUGUUUUCACUUUUCUGGAGCAGUGAGUAAGUGGAUAGCGAUUGACCAGAAGAUGAAUCAGAAUCAGCCACAAUCAAGUUCAAGCGAAGGAAGGGCAGAUGAUGAUUCUGCACUCUCCGAUUUCCUAGCUUCCUUAGUUGAUUAUACUCCUACUAUACCUGAUGAGUUGGUGGAGCAUUACUUGGCCAAGAGUGGCUUUCAAUGUCCUGAUGUGAGAUUGACUAGAUUGGUAGCUGUUGCCACUCAGAAAUUUGUUGCAGAGGUCGCAGGCGAUGCCCUCCAGCACUGCAAAGCAAGGCAAGCAACAAUUCCAAAAGACAAAAGGGACAGACAACAGAAGGAUAGGCGCCUUGUCUUGACGAUGGAAGAUCUAUCGAAGGCACUGCGUGAGUAUGGCGUGAAUAUAAGGCACCAAGAAUAUUUUGCUGAUAGCCCUUCGACUGGAAUGGACCCUGCCACUCGAGAUGAAUGAGAGUGAAAUAUUGGCUUUAAAGUACAACUAAUAGAGUGGUUUUAAUGAUGUGCCAACUAUAACGAUGUCUUCUGGAAGCUGCCUGAUCACUGCAAUUGUAAUAACAAUAUACUUGUCUGUCAAAAAAAAUAUAUGUACUUGUAUAAUGUUUCUUUUUCCUUCUUAACUAAUGUUGUUAGUUUGUUUUUUGGCUCUAAACUUUCGCUUGAUAUGGGACCAGUGAUGUGUAUCAUAUUCUUUGAGUUGGAAAUUUAAAAGUGGAUUUUUUGGGAACAA